AUGCCCACAUCCGGGGGUGAGCUGUGGUCUUCUGUGGCAACCACCAUUGACUCCGGUGACAUCAAAGCUAUGCCCGUGGUUCUACAGUCCACCAUUAAUCUCCUAGAGACCGAGCUGGCCAAGGCAAGGGCCGCCCUAAAGGACAUCCAGCCAAAUCCCACCCCCGUAUUGGUGCAAGGAGAUGAAAUCGCCGUAGGCGCCGUGGCGGCCUAUCGUCAGAAUCUCAUCGGUCGGCCCCCCGAGUUCUUCUACGGCUCUCGUCGAUUGUCACCGAAGGAAGUCGGAUUGGUUCCGGUCGUUCGAGAAGUGUCGCCAGAUGAGGAUGAUGCUGCAAGUCAGGAGCCCUGCGCCCAAGGGUUCAACACCAUAUCUGUAGCCCCCCGCAGACGAACUUCGCUAGUCGAUGUUUUGUCCAACAGUCUGAUUCUCGAUCAUAUGGCACCCUACCUUUCGGCCUCGUCCCUGUUCGCUCUGGCAUCGACUUCACGUUUCCUUCAAGCCACUAUCCUCGAGACGCCCUACGUGUUCCGCCACCUCAACCUGUCCCAUUCCCGCGGCGCCCACCCUCCUGCCAAAGACGCAAUUGACUCGGAAUUUCACAGAAGUGGGCACGCGGACGAUGGCUUGACCGAGGAUGACUUUUACUCGGCUUCUUUGAGGCAUGUUUUUGCAAACCUGGAGCGCCGGUCGAUUUUGCAAGAUGUGCGCACCUUGGUUCUGGAUGGUCUCGCGGUCCCUGCCGAUUUGGUGGCCGAGAUUAUCCUGAACGAGCGCUUCCACGUCCGCAUUCUGUCCAUAAGAGACUGUCGCCACCUAAACGAGCGCAAGUUAAUGCAAGUGCUUCAAUACGCCGUCAGACCCUCUCGGCCCCGGGGAGCCCCGCGCAUUAAGGGCAUCUACCAUUUCACCCCCAUGAAUCAUGCUCGGGCCAUGGUGCGGAGCAGGUAUCGUGAUUGGUGGGGCUCACGAUGCGCUGGCCAAGCGCCUUGUGGCGCAACGGCUGCAAAAAACCCCGUCUCGCCCCACGACCAGCAACCGGGGGGUCCGCAGUGUUGCCAGAAUGCGUGGUACCGUCCGUCCGGAAGACUGUUCCAGCGAAGCAUCGAGGAUGGCUGGGCUCAGACGAUUCAGAGAUGCGAGGGAGUUAUCGCUUUUGAUGCGGUGCUGUGUCGAGGACCUCGGCACGAUGUCGAGCUCUCCACGCCGUCGACCGGGUCCCAAGGUGAACCUCAGAGAGACAAUCGACUCGUCCUGGGACCGGCAAUUGCCACCGUUGCCCUAGGCCCCGAUGGAUGCGACGGCUGCCAUACAUCGCCCGAAGGCCCAUCAAUCUGGGGACGAUCCCCGCCCGAGCAAUUCCCUCUGCUCACCCCUCCUCCGCUUCAUUCAUCCUCGAUUGCGGUGGCAAAGCGCCCUGCGCUGUUCCCGCAUGAACACCCCGCUAUGAUUGUCCGCUGUGCGGGCUGUUUGAAUGAUCGAUGGUGUCAUCGCUGCAACAAGUGGUUCUGCACCAGCUGUCUACCGCAUCCUGAACGUGUGAGGAGUAACUUGUCUCCGCAUCAAACGGCAGUGCGCGGCCGAGACAACAAUCGCGGCGCCGACUCGAUCGGGCCCGGCGUGAGCAAGGAUUGCUGGGAGUGUGGACCGACCUGCGCGGCGUGCAAGGUGGACUGCCAACGGAUGUGCCAGAACUGCCGAGGCGACUAUUGUAUUGAACACAAUGAGGGAUGUUCUGCAACCAUGUGUGACUGGUGCAACACAAGUACACGCCAUCGAAUGAGAGAGAUCUGUUGA